GUUGCAGAAGCCUCCCGCCAGCAACAACAGACACACCCCCUUUCUUCCCUUCUACCCGCCGGGAUCUUUCUAUCAAUUCCCCCCUCUUCGUACCUGUCCCACCUCCUCAAUUUUGUGGAUUUGGUGGACCUACCAAAUAUCCUGCGACUUAUUUCAGUCGGCUUGUGCUGGCUGGUGGUACGAUCUUUGUCUUUCAUCCAUGGUCUCGCUUUCCGUUCCCUCCCCUCCUGAACACUGCAACAUUUGGAUAGAGAAUAUACCUCAUGUCGACAGCAUCUAAUCAACCCCGAGGCAUCAACCGACGGGUUAAUAGCAUUCAAAAUGAAGCUCGCCACACGCGCACCCUUUCUGGAUCCCGUCGACGCCCCGUGAGCUCCACAGCAGCCUACACAUAUGCUCUCAGAGUCGCUUACCUUUCAUACCUCCUUCAACCGCGUUCACGCCGCGUGCAGAAUGUUCCCACUCCCCUGCAGCGACCAAAGCGCUCGUCGACCUCUUUUCAUGAUCUCAUGAGCGACUUUUCACUUGUUAGGGAUUCAAAAAGCACAAGGUUUCCCCAUGGUUUCAUAACUGAACUUGAGAAGAGGUUGACGGGGGUCUUAACCAAGAAAGAGAAAAGAAAGGAAUACCAGGACCCGCUCGUUGUCAGAACAUUCGCCGCCUUUCUUAACACCCUAAAAGAGCAGUCAUUCAAGAAGCGCAUGGAGAAGGAUCGUCGGGCCGAAGAUCUUGUCCUUAUCUUCUACUCGAAUGCAACCAAAGAACUAGGCAAAGGAAAGGAUCCGGAUGAUGAUCAUUGGAAACUCAUGGUGGACAGACAUGUCGCACUCUUUGUCCGGUUGAUAUCACUCAUUUUGAAAGAUCACGACUGGGCGAAAGAACGACCAGAGCUGGCAAAUCGAUUAUCGGUCUUGGAGAAUAAACUCCUCUCUCAAGAUCAAGACCUCGUGCAAUCUAAUAGUCCAUCCACGGUGGAAGUUAUGGUGCCACUAAGUUAUGAUGUGAGAGAUAUGCCUCUAGUACAACUUAUCGCAAGGGUUUUCAAUACGAGUAAUGCCCAAGCGCAGUCCGACAUCGACAAACACCGGGACGUCUGGACUGCUCAGGCGGCUCUUAAGGACCUUAAAGCUUAUCAAACCCAUCUCAGCCUUAAUACUCGGAAAACGUUGUCCAAGGAAGACUUCGAGAACGAGGAGGCAUACGAAAGCUGGAGGAAAAGUGAAGGCCCUGAGCUGUCCCAAAUGAUGCUCGCUAUCGUACAAUCGAACCCAGAGCUAGCAAAGAGCACCCCAGGUGCGUUUCCCCAGUUCAAUGCAAAUAUCGGAGACCACAACGAUGCAACUACUGGGGAUAUGUCAAGAGUCAGUACCGACAGGCCGAUAUCAUAUGUAAUCGACCAACCAGUGGAUCUCAGUUCGCUAUCUCUAGGCGAUGAUAACAAUGAAUCUGAUGAGUCUGAUACAUACACGUACAUACCAGUGGAUCCGCGAGCUAUGUAUAGGUAUAUCUUGGCCCAAAUUUUGAGCCAUGACCUGAAAGAGCGCGAAAUUGAAGCUACACAGUCGACGCCUGAAAUGUCUUCUAUGAAACUUCUCUCGAAGCAGUCAGCCGAGUUCUUGAACGAAGUUUGUCUUCGUUGGCGAAUCCCGCAUUUUUCUAGACUAGUCUUGUUCCUGGAAGUCAUCCGAUCGAAAUUUGUAGACAACGAGAUUGAUCUCGACACGCUUGAUUCCGCAUUUACAUAUAUCAAAGAGACACCAUCAUCGGAUAAAAAGCGCAGCAGCUUCGUGGCUUCGGUCCUUUUCGACCGGCACAAAUGGACUAUACACGACCUGCUUUCAAUGCAACAAAUACUCUCCUCCCUCCAUGAAGCACUCCUGCGAGAAUUAUACGAUGUCAUGAUGGAUUGUUACGAAGGAAAGCCUCGCCCCAUCGGUCCUGUAAUGUACAUCCUAGAGAAUCAUAUUCAGCUUGACCCCAACUACACAGAGGACCUAGAGGAUAUUGACCGUUUUCGCUCGUAUGUUCGAGAUGGUCUCGCUCAGAAAGCAACAGAAAAGUACCAAGACCUCCUUGGGCAUUAUGUUCCAGUGGAUCAAGAAACCUGGGAGUUCGACCAUAUCAUUCAGCUUUGUGACGCCAUAACAAAACUUGCUCAAAAGAUUAGGAAGCGCUACCGAAAUAACCCGGAGAUUAUGGGGGUCAACCCGUACAAGAUCUUGCUUUCCAAUGUGCUUCCGAUAUUUGCAGAAGAUGCUCAUGAGAUGGUGGUUCGGAUAGUUGAACAGGGCAAAUUACGAGGAGAAGAAAUUCCAAUGGAGGAUGGGUUUGAUUUAUAUAAGCAAUUCACAGCUAUACGCCAACUCUUCAUUGAGGCACUCUCUGGUGUUCCUUUCCCGUUUCGUGUUGAGGAUCUGCUGGAAGAUUUUGUCUGGCGUUGGAUCCGUAUGACAGACGAGAAGAUUACAGAGUGGGUUGAGCAAGCUGUCAGACAAGAUGCCUUCACGGUCCGAGCCGAUGACUCGACUGAGAUGGUCUCGCAGGAGUAUCGGCACAGCGUUUCCGUUAUAGACGUAUUCCGCUCGUUCAACCAGGUAGUAGAGCAAAUGAUUCAACUCGGGUGGGAUGAUGACUUCCAAUACGCGAAAUUCAUGACUGCAUUGUCUAAGUCGAUUUCAACUGGCCUUGCGAGAUACUGUGAAUCGUUGGAACAGAUGUUCGCACGAGAAAUGGAUCGGCUCUCUCCAGACCAAGAGGCCGCUAUGAAUCAAACAACCCAGGAAAAGUUGAUGCAAAUCGCCAAAGAAGCGUGGGCAAGCAAGGAGAAGAUCGAACCAUUCCAGUUCUUUCCAGAGUCGCUUGUGAAACUGAACAACGUUGAAUAUGCCCUUAUCCAGCUUGACAAGCUAGAGCGGGAAAUAAACGUUGACGGCUGUGCAGAUGUUAUAAUUAAGCAUGCUCCUCCACAGAUGCAGAAGAUGCGCAGAUCAACUACCUAUGUCUUUACGAUAAAAGUCGUGGAAGCUGAAGAUCUGAAAGCUUGCGAUAUGAAUGGGGGUAGUGACCCCUAUGUAGUGUUGACGGACGAGUAUCAGAAGCGCAUAGCAAAAACCCGUAUUAUCUACAACAAUCUCAACCCGCGGUGGGACGAUUCUGUCGACAUCACAACGCAGGGGCCACUGAACAUCAUUGCGACGAUAUGGGACUGGGACGCUGUAGGAGAUCACGAUUAUGUUGGCCGCACAUCGAUUAAACUAGACCCUUUACAUUUCAGUGAUUUCUUGCCGAAAGAAUAUUGGCUCGAUUUGGAUACACAAGGGCGAUUGCUGCUUCGUGUCAGUAUGGAAGGAGAACGGGACGACAUUCAGUUUUACUUCGGUAAAGCUUUCCGCACAUUAAAGCGCACCGAGAGGGACAUGACGCGCAAAAUCACGGAGAAACUGUCUGCGUAUAUCAGUCACUGCUUGUCUCGUCGAACCUUGAAAUCCUUAUUAUCGCGAGGCCUCAGUAUCUCUAGUGUUUCCAACUUUCUUAGCCGAAAUCGGGCGCAAGCUACUGUCACAGGACCAUCGAACGCAGAUGUAGAAAAUGCACUGACUCCGCUUUUUGACUAUUUUAACGAUAACUUUGCAAUCAUGAACAAGACGCUAACAUCUGAGGCCAUGAAAAUGGUUAUGGCUCGCUUAUGGAAGGAGGUGCUCAGUACUAUCGAGUGCUUGCUUGUACCUCCUUUGUCUGACAAGCCAUCUCAUCAGAAACCUCUUACGAUGCAGGAGGUCGAUAUAGUCUCACGCUGGCUCGUGCUACUCUUGAAUUUCUUCCAUGCUGUCGAUGAUGAAACUGGUGAAGCUAACGGGGUUUCGAUUGAUAUCUUGAAGUCGCCUAAGUAUCAUGAGAUCCAAUCUUUGAACUUUUUCUACUUUGAACCGACCGAGAAUCUCAUUCGUACUUCUGAGAGAAUGGCUUCAGCAACCAUAUCUCGGCAACAGGCAAAUAAGAACCGCGUGUCCGCGCCAGCCCAUCUUGGAUCUGCUGGAUCAGGCGGAUUCCUCGGCGUUCCUGGUGCUCGACGAGCUAAGAGUAUCAUGCUCUCACGGAACCUCGGAACGAUGAAGAAGAUUAAGGAAGAGAAAUGGCGAGAGGCCCAAGCCGAACCAAACGAUGACAUGAUCUUGCGGAUCCUCCGCAUGAGGCCAGAAGCCGCUGGCUACCUGCGCGAUCGAAGCCGUCAGAAAGAGCGACUUGCGGCUGCAGCAGCUGCAGAUGCCAUUGUGAAACAAAGCCUUAUGGCUAGCGGUGGGAGGAUGACGGGAACUCUUGGACGACGAUGACUACUAUGAUGACCUCUUGCUUGCAGGUUGCACCUGUUCUUUGUUACGCUGAAAUGUUGUUUCAGCAUCGUUUGACUAUUUUACAUGCACAGCACAUGA